GGCUUUGGGCAAAAUCUAAGCACCGAGUUUCAUUAUUCGCAAGCAGUUCGCAUUGGGAACUAUGUAAAAGUCUCAGGACAAGGAGGCUGGGACCCUCAAACCGGGGAGCUGGUCGCGGACAUCGCAACUCAAGUCAACAAUGCUUUUGAUGGCUUAGCUUUGGCACUUAAGGCCGCUGGUUCGAACAAUGGGCUUGGAGACUUGAUUUCGAUUAACAGCUAUCAUGUGGGAGAUCUUGCUGCUGGGCUUGGAAGUGUCACAGCUGUCAUGCAAAAGAGAAUACCCAAGAUCUUUCCUACAUGGACAGCAGUAGGAGUUACAGGACUGGCAUUUGCAGAGCAGUUGGUUGAGAUUCAGGCUGAAGCC